AUGCAGUUCGUCGCCAACGGCAACGUCCUCCUCGGCCUCGUCCUCGCCGCCACUUCGGUGCUGAUCGUCUCGCACGCUUCCCCGCCGCCACGCUUCCACUACAUCAACCCUCACAACUUCACCGCGGCGGCGGCGGCGUCGGUGUCGGCGUCGGGAUCUUCUUCCACUGCGUCGGCGUCCUCCUCUGCUGCUCGCCGUAGCCGCAACCCUUCGCUCUCCUUGCUGCACCGCGACGCCGUCUCCGGCGCCACGUACCCGUCGCGCCGGCACGAGGUGCUCGGCCUCGUCGCGCGCGGCAAUGCCCGCGUCGAGUACCUGGUGAAGCGGCUGGCCUCGACGUACCUCCCAGAGGAUCUGGGCUCGGACGUGGUGUCUGGCCUCGGCGAGGGCAGCGGCGAGUACUUCGUGCGAGUCGGCGUCGGCUCGCCGCCCACGGAUCAGUACCUCGUCGUGGACUCCGGCAGCGACGUCAUCUGGGUGCAGUGCCGGCCGUGCGACCAGUGCUACGCGCAGACCGACCCGCUCUUCGACCCGGCCACCUCGUCGUCCUUCUCCGGCGUGGCCUGCGGCUCCGCCAUCUGCCGGAUGCUGCCGCGGACCGGGUGCGACGACGCGGAGAAGUGCGACUACGAGGUGUCGUACGGGGACGGGUCGUACACCAAGGGCGAGCUCGCGCUCGAGACGCUCACGUUCGGCGGCACGGCGGUGCAGGGCGUCGCCAUCGGCUGCGGCCACCGCAACAGCGGUCUCUUCGUCGGAGCGGCCGGGUUGCUCGGCCUCGGCUGGGGCCCCAUGUCGAUCGUCGCGCAGCUCGCCGGCGCGGCAGGUGGCGCGUUCAGCUACUGCCUGGCGAGCCGCGGCACCGGGUCCGGCGCCGGCGCCGGCUCGCUCGUCCUCGGCCGCAACGAGGCCGUCCCGACGGGCGCGGUGUGGGUGCCGCUCGUGCGCAACAACAAGGCGUCGAGCUUCUACUACGUCGCCCUGGCCGGGAUCGGCGUCGGCGGCGAGCGGCUGCCGCUGCAGGACGGCCUGUUCCAGCUCACCGAGGACGGCGACGGCGGCGUCGUGAUGGACACCGGCACGGCCGUGACACGCCUCCCCCAGGAGGCCUACUCCGCGCUGCGCGACGCGUUCGCCGGCGCCAUGGGUGACCUCCCGCGCGCAGCGGCGGUGUCGCUGCUCGACACGUGCUACGACCUGAGCGGGUACACGAGCGUGCGCGUGCCGACCGUAUCGUUCUACUUCGACCAGGGCGCCGUGCUGACACUGCCGGCGAGGAACCUGCUGGUGGAGGUCGGCGGCGGCGUCUACUGCCUGGCGUUCGCGCCGUCGUCGUCGGGGCUCUCCAUCCUGGGCAACAUACAGCAGGAAGGGAUCCAGAUCACCGUCGACUCCGCAAACGGCUUCAUUGGCUUCGGACCCAAUACAUGCUAAAAGCAUAUACUAUGUAGUAUACGA